GCAGGGCUCAGAGCUCAGUGUUGCCAGUGUGACACUCGGGGCCCGCCGGGGCAGGGGGGCAGUGCCUGAUCACAGCCAUGACUUAGAGCAGGAAGGGCCUCUGUACAUGCCGGGCAAACAGCUGUACCUCCAUAAGGUGUCAGGACGGGGGGGACAGAGGAAGUCGCAAUAAGGAAGAAAGAGAAGGCUCGCUUUGUGUCUGUUUGCCUCUUGUGGGCUCUCUAUGGGAAUUAGGUAAUGACAGAGAGAGAGCAACGCAAAUGGCCUCUUUGAACACUAAGCACCUCUUUGUGUCAAGACCCCUUGAAAUGGCUUGAAGAGUGGAGUGUUCUUUCCCAUGUUGACGAAUUUCCUAUUGAAACAGGAAGGUCGAUGGGUUUGUCCCACAUUAUAAAGGCCAAUAGCCUUUAGUUUAUGCCUCAUUUCAUUGGACAAAAUAAGUGAUUGUGAGAUACUUCUUGCACUCCUGGAGACUCGCUCUCAGAGGGAAAUGAUUCCGCAUGAAUUGCAUGGACCGCUCUUCCACAGCAGGCGUGACUUCCGUUGCUUACAACUGAAAUCCGUGUCUGUCUAACCAUAGGCUCAGGACACACCCCCCUUACACCACCACUCUCCUCUCUACCCCCUAUCCCCAGUAUCACCGUGAGUCUAUCGGUGGAAGGGCACACUCUGUUAUCAAGACCAACAGAUACGAAGAGAGAGGAAAAGAGUGAAAGAUAUAAAGGGGGAAGAAGCAUCCAGAAAGAGUGGUACAGGAUACAGAGACACCAUGAAGUCAAACCAGGAGAGGAGCAAUGAAUGCCUGCCCCCGAAAAAGCGUGAGAUCCCAGCCAGCACUCUGCCCUCAGAGGAGAGGCCCAUGAUUGUGGCGCCUGCCAGUGAGAGCCAGCAUGGUGGGAACCUGGCCUGGCUUGCCAGUCUGGCAAGUGGGCAUGAAAGAGGGCGGCAACACACCAGCACCUCUGCAGAACUUGAGGGGUCUCAAUAUAAGCUGCUGUCUGCCCCAUCUGAGAGUGCAACUCCAUUGUCCACGCACUCAACCAGAGCUCCAAAUGCAGUCACCACCCUACCUGCAGUGUACACGUCACCCCUUACUCAGCCCACUGGCACCAUCCAGUACACAUCCCUGCCCCCCAAUGUACACUUCAUUAGCUCCCCGUACCCUGCACCUUACACUGGCUACAUCUCUCCACUAGUACCCCCUUCUGUUGCUGCCACCACACAGCGUGAGGCUUAUGCCAGCACCUCCAGUUCUCAAUCAUCUAAAAUUGACCAGCAUCAUCAAUUGGGCCGACUACCAGGCCUAGUCACAUCAGACAGCAUCUCUUCGCCCCACUCCACCCAGUACAUCCAAAUCACUGGUUCUCCGCUAAGCCUAUCCCCACAGACUGCUCCAUCACCCCAUGCUCACUUGCCCCACCACUUACAACCUCACCACACACUUCCCAUCAGUGGUGCCUCUCAGGUCUUAGUUCAGUACCCAGAUGGACUUUUACCCAAGAGAGAGGAGACCAGGCCCAGGGAGUUGUUGAACGGAGAGCUGGAGAAAGACAGGCGCUUUGGUCCAUCACCAGAGUCUAGUGCAGGGAAGCAAGGCAGCACUGCCAAAGAGGCCUCCUCCACUCAACAGCACCAUAUCCACCAGCAACAGAGCCCACAUCACUAUGAGGCUCGACAUGUGGUCCUCCCUGCCGAAUAUACACAGGACUGUAUGGCCAUGCGGCCCUCAUUGGUUCUGGUACCCAAUAGUCAUAGCUCCAGUGGUGUUGAUCCUAGAGAAACACCGGACAAGCUACCUCCCCCAACAUCCCACACUGAAAAAGGAGGUAUUUGUGCAGGCAAACCUGUGCCCCGCAUUUCCUCCACCUCUACAUCCCAUUCUUUUCCUCCACCUCCACCUGUGGACAAUCUGAAGGGAGCAGUUACCACAUUGUCACCCCAUGCAGUAAUCCAGACCAUGCACAGCACCACAGAGUCACUCUCAUUGGGCCUCCCCUCUGCCAACUUCUACACCACCCAACAACCCAUCAUUGGUUACAUCGCCGGCACAGGGCACCAGCAACCUCUUAGCUACCACACCAGCCUACCCCAGCACCUGGUCAUCCCUGGAACUCAGCCGGUCAUCAUUCCAGUGACUGAAACAGAAGCUACUGUUACAUCGACCACACCACCCUUGCCUGGGGCACUGCCCCAUGCAUUUGUCACCUCAACGGCCCCCAAAAUGGAAACUUUUGAGACUCAGGCCCCAUACUCUGCAGCAGCUGUUGUUCAAGCCCAGCUGCACCUGCCUGUGGUUCCAGCCCCUGCCGGCCUGCUGACGGCUCCACCUCCACCCUCUGUCCCCUCAUUGCCCCCUUACUUCACCAAGGGCUCCAUCAUCCAGCUUGCAGAUGGGGAGCUGAAGCGGGUGGAGGACCUAAAGACAGAGGAUUUCAUUCAGAGUGCUGAGAUUAGCAAUGAGCUGAAGAUUGACUCCAGCACUGUUGAACGCAUUGACAACAGUCAUGCAUCUGACUUCGCCAUUAUACAGUUUGCUGUUGGAGAGCAUCGCUCACAGGUCAGCGUGGAGGUGCUAGUAGAGUAUCCAUUCUUUGUAUUCGGCCAGGGCUGGUCGUCAUGCUGUCCAGAACGGACCACCCAGCUGCUAGAGUUGCCAUGCACCAAGCUUUCAGUAGGUGAUGUCUGCAUCUCCCUCACCCUGAAAAACCUGAGGAAUGGCUCCAUCAAGAAAUGCCAGGGGCAAGUCUUGGAUGCACCAACCCUUGGUCCACUAUUUAAGCCUCCCAAAGCACUCUCAAGUGGGGCAAGAGGGGGUGUUCGGCACACAGAACAGGAGAACGGACUUGGGCGGUGUGCAGAUCAGGGAGGUGGAGGAAAUAAGGGCAAUAGAGAGAAUGGAGUGAAACUGAAGUUUGGGGAGAGGGACAUCUGCAAAGCCCCACCGGCCUCUGAGUCAGAGCCUAGCAGCAAACACACAGGCCGCAAAAGAAGGUGGUCGGCCCCUGAGGGCCGCAAAGUAGAAAAUCCAGAAGUAGAGCCCCCGUUAACGUUCCCUAAGCCUUCUUUCAUUCCUCAGGAGGUUAAAAUCAGUAUCGAAGGCAGAUCAAAUAUUGGCAAGUGAACGCCCAUUGGACUAUCGGAUUUUUAAAUGCAAAAUUCUGAAUAAAUUUGCCCCCCUUUUUUUGAUUUUUUUUUUUACUUUUUAUUUGAUUUUUUUUUUUCCUUUCCAGAUUAUUGUACCUUAAGGCUAAAUUUACUCCGUUUGUACAUUAUCACUUCACAUGAUGUAAUACCAUUGUAAUAGUACACAGGCAAUUGGUUGCAAUACCAUAUUCAAUAUUACACAGGCAAUUGGUGCAAUUCAUUUGAUUGAUCAAAUUCGGUUCAGAUGUAGUGCAAGGUGAGAAGGUUGUGGGACACCUGAGCACUGCAUGAUAUCUUGAAGACUGUAUACAUUCAUACAUUCAUAACUAACCAGGAUAAGACUUCUCUCUAGUCUCUUACCUAUGACAUUGUUUGGCCUGGACAAACCUAGUCCAACUUCACUUAGUGGAAAAACAAAAUGUAUAGUGUAAGCUUGAAAAUUAUAACAUUGCUCAUAGUGGCUGAAUGGAAAAUACUCCUCCACUGGAUGCAGGAGUUUACAUGUCUGCCAUACUGUUAAGGCAAUCUAAUGUUUAACUGCGACUAUAGAAGACUAUCGAAAUCAUGGACAAUGUUGAGCGAUAUCAUCAAUGCAGUUAGACAAGCAUAAAUUGUAUUAACAUUCAGUUAAAUUCAAGAAGAUGUUUCUAAAUACUAAGGAACAGGCCAAGAGAGAUGUCAUCAAGCAGUGCCAGUUGCUCUUUAGAAAGAUCUUCUGAAACUAUCAUUUUAAACAGGGAAGAUGGAUGAUUCUAUUUUUAUAUAUCCAGCUGUCUAACCUUUUAUUUGACUAUUUUUGUAGUUUUGCAUGUUUUAAUUUUACGUCUAAAUUUUCAAACCCUCCUAUCACACCUGAUGGUUAGAUUUAUUUUCUUAUUUUGUGAUGAAUGUUUAAAUCUUGCAAUCAGGGGUCAUUUUUUUACAUAGACACAGGAUGGGUCCUUGUCUGUGUAUAUAUGCAUGGUUGUAUCUUGAUGCAUACAAACACAAUGGGUCGAAUUUAGGUGAGGAAUUCGACCAGUCCCUUAAAUUUAGUGCUCCGUCUCACCUGUUUGUUUGUUUUUUGUUUUUGUUUUUUGUUUUUUUUUUAAUGUGAGAAAAUAGAUUAUUUUGAGAGAAAGAGAGCGAAAGUUAUCUGAGAAAGACGAACGAGUGGUUGUUCUGAAGCACUUAACACACUUGUUACGCUCACUAGCUAAUAUGUUUAAAUCAACUGAGUCAAAUUAUUAUGCUGAUAAAGAUUAUUGUAAUAUUGAUUAUUACUAUUAUUAUUAUUUUUGCUACUACUAUUUUCUGUUGAUCUCUCAACAUGAACACAGUACUUUUUGCUGUGUACCCUGCUGAGAUAAACAGUUUAAACCUGCCUAAGCUGGUCAUAGUUUUAGAGGACUUUUUAGCACUUUUCAGCUUGGCCAGGCUAGGAGACCAGCUAGAUCAGCUUAAGCCAGCUAAGACCAGCAAACCAGUUUAGGCUGGUUUAAGAUGUUUUUUUGCAGGGUAAUGAAUUGGAUGUUGUGUGGCACUCUGUGGGAAGGUACUAGCUCACAAGGGUCACUUGUUUUGUGAAGGGAUGAAUGUAACAGGUAAUGAAAGAGAAGAAAAGGAGAUUUUGUCCCUAAGAGGACUGCUUUUAAUGAAGCCCUUUUCUUGUUGAUCUGAUUGGCUCAGCCUAAUGGCUUGAGUAAAGACUGGCACAAAGAGGGUGUGGCCUGUAAAACAACUGCCAUUUAAAUUAUUCAAAGCAAAAAGUGAUGUAAGAAAGUAUGAAUUCAGGCAGAAAAAAGUACAGAGACUGUUCAAAUAUAUAUAUAUAUAUAUAUAUAUAUAUAUAUAUAUAUAUAUAUAUAUAUAUAUAUAUCGUGUGUGUGUGUGUAUACGAGAUAAAUGAGAAUGAGAACGUAAAAGUAUAAGUGAGAAACUGGCUACAGAAAUCUUAGAGGGGUUAAAGGGUAUCAUCUACAUGUUUGUUAGCAAUGUACUUGGGCACGCAUGCAAGUUUGAUUGUAUGCGUUAAUGAGCACUCGCAUAUAUACAUACACGUACACAUAAUCUGCAAUCAUUUUGAAAUAUGUCAUGUAUUUUUUUUUUUUUUUUGUACAUUUACAUGUAUAGAACUGUAUAUGCUAUCUAUCUUAACAUAUGAGAGCGCAAGACUACAUGAGCACGUUUUCAGUCCCGUCCCCCAAGACACUGAAUCAUUGAACAUAUGUGAAAGCCAUCAUGUAGUAAUUUCAGUGAUUUGUAGUAUAUGUGUUUGUGAAUGUUAGAGAGAGAGCAUGUGUGAGUGUGUGCGCGUGUUUGUGUGUGUGUGUGUGUGUGUGUGUAUAUAUAUAUAUAUAUAUAUAUAUAUAUAUAUAUAUAUAUAUAUA